AUGGACAAAUUGGCUGCCUUAGAAUCAAAAAUCGAUAAUAACAACAUAAAAUUUUCCUCUUUCUCUAAUGAAAUUCUUCAAAUCAAAAAUGCUUUAACAACAAUUGAAUCAAAAAUUCAAACAGUUGAAACAACAAUUGAAACAAAUUUUAAAAACAAUGAAUCAUCAGCAAGCGAACAAGAACGCAAUCGUUCUAUUGUUAUUAUUGGACUACAAGAAUCUAAAUCAACAACGCCAUCAAUUCGUGUUGCUGAAGACAAGUCUGCAAUCGAAGAUGUACUCAACUUGUUGGGGGUUGAGAGCCCAUUCGUUUCGUACAGAAUGGGUAAGCAUGACCCAACUGCUAAAGGUUGUCGUUUAAUAAAAAUUGUUUUUGGCGCUUCAAAGUUUCAGCGAAUUUCACUUGCUGAAUGGAAACGACACAGAGUGGAAAUGAAAAAAGAAUCAAAAUGGUCUCGUUUGUUGAUCAGGCCAAGUCUUACUAGAGAACAAUUGGAAGCUGAAAGAAUUGAACGUGCUAAGAAACGAGAUGAAUACAAUAAAAGAACGAGUGCAAAUGUGACUGAAAGAACAAAAAACCAUUAA